GUUAUUCCGUACCCCGUGCCGAGACUGGAUGGAUGAUAGCUUCAAUGUUGGGCGGUCGCUUAUGGAAGGGUGUUAGUGCGUCUUCUGGCGUUCGCCUGCGCGCUCACUUCUCUCUGCAUCGAGUGUUCAUGUGCCUUUCAGACUCCACGGUCCGAUAGCAUCCUUGCGCCUUCCGAAACCUUACACAGGGCAGCGGCCGAGCUCAGCAUGGAUGCGAACACGACCUCAUCAGCGGCAGCUCCUCCGCGCACCGACGAGCCCGACUCUAGGAACAGCCUGCGACACAUUCUCGCCGCUGAGCCCGCCAUGGACGAUGCAAAGACGUCGACGUCGCAGGCGAACACGCCCGGUCCCGACGAGAGCGAAGCUCCGCGCGACGACGCCCCCGACAGCACCAAGCCCGAGCGACCGUACUUUUACACGGCGAAUGCGGCGACAAUUCGAAGGAAUGCAAAUGGCAGUGUGUCAUCCGUGUACUCUGGGAACAAGAUUAGGCAUCUGAAGAAGGAUGAUGGGAUUCCGCUCUGGCGCAAGGAUAUCCAGUAUGACUUCCUCAAGUUCGUAUUCGAAGACGAGAAGAGGGUCUUCACAAAGGUGGACGGCUCGAAGGGCCAUACAUUUGCGGAUAUAUAUCUUGAUGCUAUGGCGAGGAGCAGCAAGUGCAGCAAGAUUCUCAAGGAUAAGCUAUUGACGGAGCGCCCGGCCGCCAUCAACAUGGCAAUGGUGUGUCUGCUGGUCAACGUGGGGCGGAUGAACACCACGCUCAACUUCUUUCCGGAAAUGCGCGCGCAGCUUCGAACAUACCACUCCAUCCCCUCCCUCCAAGCGCACCAAGACCCGAACGCCUACAAGCAGCUCCAAGACGCCCCGCGACUAAAGUCAAUACUCAAGGGAGCUACAGAGGAUACGGAGCAGCCAAGCACAAUCGAAGACAUCAAAGACAAGCCGGUCCCCCGAACGAACCCCGUCAACCUCAUCUUCGUCCUCUCGCAAUAUGCUCCCAAGGUCUCGGAGCUGCACUUCUUCCCUCCGCGCGACUUCUUCGACCUCGUCAUGCGGGCGAACCUGAGCAGCAGGAGUAGGGCGACCGCAUUCCUCUGGCUGAUGUGGUGGUACCUGGAAAGCGACUUCUCGAAGGAAGCUGCACUGGAGAAUCCCUUCGGACCGGGGCAGUAUGGACCGCCUGAUGAAGCUGCGACUGCAGGCAUGCCGAUCAAGUGCCCGGCUUUCGACUUUCUGACGCCUGAGAUGGAGGCGCUAGAAAAUGUGGAUACGGUUGACGAGAAGAACUUCGGAGAGAUCAAGCGCAAGGAGCGGAUAGCUAUUCUGGCAAGUGACAUGGCCCCUGUGGUGACCGGGCCUAAGCGCACAAACAAGAAGGCAUUCAAUCAAAACCCCGUCUUCUCGGUAUUGGCAGACGACGGUGCCUCCACGCCUGGACGGGAACGACAGUCUCCCUCGCAUGGCUCUGCUCGAGGUAGAGGCAAAUUGGCGAAAUCCAUCAUCGAACGUGAUUAUCCUUCAGAUACUGACCGAACGCGCUCAGCAUCCCCACCAGGCAGCGUGUACAACACGGGCAAGAAAGCCACCCCUAAUAUGCGCAUCAAUACGCUCCUCAACGAAGAUGGACCAGCUUCAUCACCCGCACCUAAGGGCCCUGGUCGAGGUAACUGGUCUCGCAACCGCACUGGAGGCGCGCGAAGCUUCAAAUCCAAGCUCGACCAAGCAAACUCUCAAGACGGCCAAUCUCCCUCCACCAACGCACAAACCUUCUCCGGACCCCACGGCUUCUACCUCCCCCUCAACGGCUCCGACCCAUCACACAAACGCACCCGCCCACUAACCCAACACCAACUAGCAGUCGAGCAGUACCGCCGGCGUCGUGUAGAAGUCAUCCUCGACCGCGGCCUCCGCGUCGAAUACAAGCGCGCCGCUAAACGCCGCCGCAAAGAAGGCUCCUUUGUGCGCGCCUGGAUCCGCUGCAAGGGCAUGCAAGACGGCUACGACACGGACGAGGAAAGCAACACGCAGGCCCUGCACCAGCAAGACAUCGAAGUCGGAACUAAAACUCCGCCCCCGAUUCCUGCGGGCCUUAUUCCGAUCGACUUCGGCGGCGAGAUCGACGACCAUGGCGAGGAAGCGUACUAUCGCGCUAAGUUGCUAAAUCGGGCGCUGCGGCGCAUGGAGCGCUGGGAUGGUGGGAAGUCGGCUGCGAGGACGGGGAAGCCGAAGGGUUCCCGGCUGGAGAAUGCGAAUGGAGGACCGAAUGGGUCGGCGGCGCCGAUUGCCGAAGAGGAGUACGCGGAUGAGGAUGAGGAGAUGCAGGAUGUGGAGGAUGCGUUGGAGAGGAGGGAUGACGUGGAUAGCGACGAGGAUGAGGACGAGGAGAGAACAUAUGAUCCACACACUCUGCCACCAUUGAGUAGUAUGGGCUAAGCUACGUGCUGGCGGUGUGAAGGCGUUGGGUGGGAGUAUGCGUUUCCCUCAUUCAUGUUGGUUGGUGAGAUUUAUGGAUAAUUGUUCUGUUUAGCUUAUGGGUGGUGGAUGUUUCCCAAAAGCGGGUACUGGGUACUGAUUGUAUUGUCCGACGGGGGGCCUUUCUCUAUGUCUAAGUGUAUAACAGGUACUUGUAGCUUUAGCAGAUAGUCCGGGAUACGGGCAAGAUGGCAGCACACUUCCGAGUCGACAAGACUUCGAUUCUGGAUACUCUGAACUAUUCCUUCUCAUGCCAGCCG